AUGGCUACCGCCCGCAUCCGCACUCCAGAUGAGCCGCCUAGCGCAGCGUGGAAUUUUGAGGGUGCCGAUUAUGUUGGCUUCUGUAAAUGGCCGUACCAAGAGGAAUUCGAGGACAAAGGUUGCCGGCAAUGCACAACUGAGGAUCGGGGUCCAGCUAGACCUCCAGAAGUUGAUCCUUGGCCAGACCUGGACGACGAAGAUGACACAGAUUGGAAGCCAGAUGCACAGAGUUCUAGCGAUGAAGAGCCACUGGAGUACGACUCAGGAUGGGAGACUGAGAGUGACAGUAUAGAGCCUGAAGCCUCAUCUUUCUCUGGCAAAGAGGAUAUCCACUACUCAAAUGAUUCACCCGGCCGGUAUCCUCUUCCGGAUCUCUAUACUUCCCCGGAUCUUGAUCGUCUACCACACGGCACAUGGCAUAACGGCCGCGCAUAUUACUCUGGCAAUCGGAAAUAUCCACAAUCAUGGCCCUUACAAACGAUUAAUCAUUCGAACGUUCUCCCGGAGCACACCGCCUCACCCACUUGCCAAAGCCUCCAAGGCAUCAGCGGCCAUGUCCUCAGUGUUGCACAAAUGAAGAACUGUCGGAAUAUUCGGUUUCUCGUGCCCAAGCCGUCAAUUUGGAGACCUGAUGCAAGUGACCAGAUUCUCGAAGGGAGCAGCAGCAAUCUGUUCUAUGUAUCCGGGGAGUCCAAUGGUUCAAACAUGAUCGAAAGCCGCCAUUUCAGAGGAUGGCACUCGUUUUACCCGUCAAGACAUGGCUUGAAAGAAUUAACGACGAGCUGGGAGUUUAUUGGCGAGGGCUGUAUCGAGCUUGAAGAUUCACUGAUCCCACUCCCAGCGCAUUCUUACUGCUUGGAUAUAUACGCAAAGUUAUCCUUGCGACGUCUUGGCUAUGUUGAACUGAAUGGACUUUGGCACUGGCGCGAGAUGCGAAAUAUGCCGGCCUCGUAUGGCCUUGGAGAUUGUAUUCCGGAACCGAGGCGCACACAGUUACAUUUGCCAGAGUUGCAACGAGCCCGCCAAGACUGGAAUUAUCCCUGGCUCCAUACCCCAGGCGACGAGUGGAUUGUUGCAAAUCCUGUUGAGAUCCCAGGCAUAUCUCGAGUUUUGGAGUCAUGCAUAAAAGAUUUAUGCAUUGAGGGAUAUACCCAACAGACGACAGGGUUCUUGGCCCUGCCUGCUGAGAUCAUUCAACAUACUCUGUCGUUUCUUGACAUUACCGACGUCGACAGCACGGCCAAGACUUGCAGGGUGAUAUUCAAGCUUGCGCAGCCAAUAUUCAGAGAAAUUGUACUCAGAGACAUGCCUUGGCUGUGGGAGGUUCUUGAGAAUAACGAAUAUCCCGCGUCUCGUGACUGUAUACCAACAUGGGAUCCUCUCUGUCCUCUUGGUGCUCCACCUCCAACACUCCCUGUCGGACUAGAAACUGAAGAAGAGGAGGAGGAUCGAUGGGCACUAAUUCUCUUUGAGGACCCUGAGAUGGAACAAGCUCGCAAUGUGACCAAGGAUGCUAACCGUCAGCGCCGAGAGGAGAUCAUUGCACCUUAUCAUGAAAAGCUGAAGGCCUUACUGAAGGAUUGGCACAGCUUUCGUAGAAACGUGGAAGCUUGGAUACAUGGGAAAGGCGAGCGGCGCGAUAUGAAUUGGAGGCGAGUAUGGCUCCUAUUCAGCCCCGUGACGAGCCCGUUGCCAGGUAUAAGAAACAGGGCAAGGAUCUGGGAGGAUUGCGAGAGUAUUAUGGACUUUGUUGCUUUGGCUCGUGAGGGAGAGGAUAUGGAAGAAAGGCAUAAGGAGUUGGAAGCCAAGAUAUCAGAGCUGAUUGAUGAGAGCUCAUAUGGGAUGCCCGAUACAGAUCCGGAUGUCCCUAGUUGGCUGCAAGCAUAUUAG